CGCAUUAUUUCGGUGUUCAUCGCCGCCAAGCUCGUUUUGCUAGAAUAGCCGAUUUAAUUCAAAGUAUUGUUUCCACCUAAUUUAUCAUUUAGACCAGUGUGUAUGUAUUAACCACAAUGUAUUUCACUUUUCUGUUUAUUCGACAAUGACUUUGGACUUCGCACAAACGAAGGAUUCUCGAACUGUUUAUUUGUUUACAACUUCGGAACAGAGUUCCGAUAUUUCAAUGGACGCCAUUUUGUCAUUGGGAUUUUAAAGAAUUUGAGAACUUCGGGAAAAGUAGCCACGGACACAACGAUCCACUUAAGCCGCUGAGGUAGUCGUGGUAUAUUCUCCCAAGUCAGCUUGAUAUUUUGGAUAUUUCACGAUGGCAAAUUCCAACACGACCCUCGCUAGUUUGUGGGUCGACGAUGUACAAGUUAGUCCAGUGAAGGUCAUGCCUAGUACUCCAGGAAAAGCUGCAGGGAACGGGACAGAGAUCCGUCAGGACAUUGUACGUUUUUACAAAGAUAGUGGAUUGGAACCAGUUGCUAAAGAGGUGGGACUGCUUGAUUCCAAUGGUGAUAUCGCUGGAUUUCAAACACAGACUGUCCAGAGUGCAGGGAAAGCUGUGCAGUUAGUUGCAGUACCAAUAUCUACAACAUCUCCUGCUAAAAUGUCUCCAUUCAAAGAGCACACAAUACUUCCAAAGCAGUUAACGACACAGCAGCUAAUACAACAAGUGACCAGCCCAAGACAGCCCAUGAUUCCCAUUGAUGUGUCCUGGAGAUCAGGGGCUCAGAAGAGGGCCUCUGAAUUCACAAUAGAGCCAGAUGAUGGCUUUGGGAAACGAGGAAAGAAAGGAGAAAAAGGUGGCAAAGGAUUACGACACUUCUCAAUGAAAGUUUGUGAGAAGGUUCAAAGAAAAGGAGUGACAUCAUACAAUGAAGUGGCAGAUGAACUGGUUACAGAAUUCAGUGAUCCUCGAAAUUUGACCUCACCAUCAGACCAGGCCUAUGAUCAAAAGAAUAUCAGGAGGCGUGUCUAUGAUGCCCUUAAUGUGUUGAUGGCCAUGAAUAUAAUAUCUAAAGAAAAGAAAGAAAUUAAGUGGAUAGGUCUGCCUACUAACUCAGCACAGGAGUGCCAAAACUUAGAGAUAGAAAAACAGAAGAGGCUUGAAAGAAUCAAACACAAAACACAACAGCUCCAAGAACUUAUUCUUCAGCAAAUAGCUUUCAAAAACCUAGUGCAGAGAAACAGAGAACUAGAGAAAACACAAGGCCCGCCUCCACAGAACUCCGCUAUACAGCUGCCGUUUAUCAUUGUCAACACCAGUAAAAAGACUGUCAUAGAUUGCUCCAUAUCAAAUGACAAAUACGAAUAUUUGUUUAACUUUGACAACACCUUUGAAAUUCAUGAUGAUAUUGAGGUCUUGAAGAGGAUGGGUAUGGCUCUUAAUUUGGAAAAGGGUCAGUGCACGACUCAAGAUGUAAACAAAGCUGUUAAAAUGGUCCCAAAAGCUUUAGAGCCGUAUGUGAUAGACUUAGCCAAUGGUGGAAUGGCACAUUCUGGUCCCAGUGGUAUCCGACCUAUGUCAGCAGAAGAAGGAUCUUCCAGAUAUAAAGUACCUGCUCAACCUUCCGUCCAAUCUUCGGGCAGCAACAGUAACGACAAUAUGGACAUUGAGGUGGCCAAUAUUUAUUCACAAGACUCUAAUAUGGGCUCUCAUUCAGACAUGCAUUCAAGGGCCACAGAGACCCCUUCUGAGGAUUUCUCAGAUGAUAGUGAUACAGACAGGUCUAGUCCUGUAGAGAUGAGCUAAUAAGCUCGUGUCAUGCAAAGGGAAUUUUGGAAGAAGAUGUGGCUCAAAAAAGAAAAUCCGACAGAAAGUGACCGAUUCCUUUUUCAACAUUACAUGUUGAAAAAAUUGUUUUCUGUCAUUUUGAAAGAAUUGUUGUAAAUUCUGAAGAAGUGUAUGACAGGAAUGCUAGAGAGGAAACUUGAUCUGUGCCCAUAUUGGACUACAGGGAAGAAAUGGCAGCAACUUGACUACGUUUGAGGAGCAGUCUUUAAUAUUUCAGAGACAAAGAGUUGCAUCAUGGUUCUAGCGCCUCAUCAUGGGUUACUUUACAUUGUUUAAUGUGGACUUAAUAAAUUGACGUACUUUGACAUUUAUAACCACUUGAAUUUGUUUAAUGUUCUGAACUUCUGAUGAUGAACUAGUAAUUACAUCAUUUCUUAUAGUAAUUACAUAUUUUCUACAUUUAAAAUUGAUUGUGCAUAGUUUUUGUAUGCAUUCAAGUUAUGUGUAAUGAUUUUAUGAAGAUCAUGAUGUAGCCUUUGAUUCUCAUGGAAAUCCCAAAUUUUGGAUAUUAAACCUAGCGUGUUCUUUUUACAAUGAAUGUAUACCAUGGCACUUGUUUUGAAAGUUGCCAGGAUUGUGAAAAUAUAGUCUUUUGAGGAGACUGGUUGAUGGCAGGGGUAGAUAAAUGUAAUAUGUGGUAGACAAACUGUGAUAGAGGAGAGCUUUUGAAAUGUGUGUGAUGAAGACAGGAUUGUUUAUUCAUGCUUUGUGUUAGGUCUUAACAAUGUUCUGACUUCAAAAAUAGUUUUAAAAAGUCAUGAUUUAAAUAUUAAUUUACCAAAGAAGUUUCCUUUUUAGACUGUUUGAUUUUGUGAAGUUGGAAAUUUUUCAUGUGGAUAAUAAACCAAGUAGAAGAGAGGGGAAAAAUCUUUCACAUUGAUAUGCCCUGCUUACCAUUUCAUUUACAUUUGUUCAAUAAGCAUAAAUAAAUUUAAUAUGCUGUAAUCAAGAAAGUAACCCCCAAUGCACAUGGUUUUGCUACUGGUUCUAAUUAUCCAUGUCUAUGGUAGUAAAUUUAAAAUUUGACAAUGUACUCUAAAAGAGAAACCUUUGUUCUUUUUAUUCACAGCUUUUGCUUACAAUUUGAUUCAUUUUAAUUUAUCAUUUAUUACACAUUGCUAAAUAUGUACAGUGCCAUUCUUCAGUAUAUAUCGGAAGGAAGUCGAUGGAAUUUAGCAAGGUCUACACAAAGCAUUUAUGUACAUCAGUAUGUGUUCAGUGAACUAAAAUUUCAAAGAAAAAUUUAGUAUGCACAUAUAACAAUUCAGCAGAAGUACAAAAACUGCCAAAUUGUACAAAAAAUCUUAAAGAGUUCACUCUGCAUGUGGAAAAAAUGUAUUGACUUUUUUUUACACAAUGUGAAUAAAGUGUUCCAAGGAAAGUGUUCGAGAUGCAUAUGAUGUCAUGUCAUCAAAUAAGUUAUUUAUGUUGUGUGCUCAUUAGUCCCCAUGUAACCAUUCAUAAAUGUCUGCAUGAAUUUUUCUUGUUGCAUAAGCAUUGUGUAUAUAACAUAUAGGUAUUGUGCGCUUAGUUUUGUAAAUACAUGUAGAUGAUAAAAUUAUAUAUGUUAGGUUAUCACUACUUCUGUUGGAAGUAAGUUAUAAUGACUCAAAUUGUUAAUAGUGCUGUGUUUGGAUUUUUCAAUUGUUUAAUUACUUUAGUUUCAUGAAUGAGCAGUGGUUUGAUACUAACGUUUCAAUACUUCUCCCAUUUAUACUUAAUAUGUAGAAUGAAGAUAGAUUUUCUUUGAGCUAGAUUUCUUUACUUGUUGCACCUGCAUUAAACAAGUUUUUGUAAGAACAAAUAAUAUCCUCUGUCCAAGUACUAGGAUUUAUUAAUUCUUUUAAUAAGUUUAAUGCAUAUGUGUAUAUAGAGGAACAAAUACUGAUAUUUAAAAUACUUAACAAUGUUUUAGGUUAAUUCAGCAGCGUGCAGUUUUUUUUUUUCUGUUUGUUUUUAUAAUAUUAUUGCAUACCGGUAGAUUAUUUGUAUUUUACAGAAGAGUAGAAAGGAAUAAUGACACACAUUUAAUAGCUAAGUCAAGCUGUAUUUUCCUUGAUAGAAUCUGUGAUUGGGUAUAUAUAUUGUACUUUUUUUAAUUUUUAGUUGCUGGUUGAUUCAGAGUACAUACAAAGUGUACAUGUAUUUGUUGCUAUAUUUUUAACUUCAGGAACAAAUAUUCAAUAGAUAUCAUUGAUCAUGUACAUGUAUUCCAAAAUUUUUACAGAGUGCAGAUACUUCAUCUUUCAAAAUGUACAUUCCCACACAAUUCACAACUUAAUAUAAUGGAGAAAAUGCUUCAGUUAUCCAACAAUAAUGGGUGUAUGCUCUAAUUACACUCGAUUUUCUCACAUAAAGUACUUUAAACAUUUCAUUUGUAAUUUAAUAAGGCAGCUAAGGUGAAGAAAAAUACCUUUUUUCAAUUGCAGUUGAAGUGAGAAAUUUAAAUUGAAGUUCACUGAAGAAGCAUUGUUAGGAAUUGAGAAAGCAUUGUUGACCUGAUAUCUAUGCACUAAUUUCAUUGUGAAAACGGUAAUCCAAUGUCGAAAAAUUCACUCUAAAUAAAACAAUGGAAGUGAAAAUA